GCAAUUUCUGCACCCCCGAGUACAAGGGCACGCAGAAGGCUGCCCUCAACGUGCUCAAGGACAGGGAGUGUCCGGCCAUGCUCAUUCCCAGCACCCCGCUGGCGCGGAGAUGCUUCCCGGCCAUCCAGGCCAAGCAGGGCGUCAUCAUGGUGGGCAACAAGACGAGCUUUGAGGACGGCUGGGGGAACCACAGGAACGCCACCGAGCUGCUGGAAGGGGCCAAGAAAGCCAACGUGGUGCUGGAGACGCGGCAGCUGGCCAUGAAGAUCUUCGAGGACUACACGGUGUCCUGGUACUGGAUCAUCAUAGGCCUCGUCAUUGCCAUGGUGGCCAGCCUCAUCUUCAUCGUGCUGCUGCGCUUCCUGGCGGGCGUCAUGGUGUGGGUGAUGAUCGUGAUGGUGAUCCUGGUGCUGGGAUACGGAAUCUUCCACUGCUACAUGGAGUACGCCAAGCUCAAAGGGGAAGCGGGCUCGGAUAUGUCCCUGGCAGACCUGGGCUUCCAGACCGACCUCCGUGUGUACCUGCACCUGCGGCAGACCUGGCUGGCGUUCAUGAUCAUCCUGUGCGUGCUGGAGCUGGUGAUCGUCCUGCUGCUCAUCUUCCUGCGCAAGAGGAUCCUCAUCGCCAUCGCGCUCAUCAAGGAGGCCAGCAGGUACCACACGGGCUCGCUGGCCUUCGGCUCGCUGAUCCUGGCCAUCGUGCAGGUGAUCAGGGUCAUCCUGGAGUACCUGGACCACCGGCUGAAAGCCGCCGAGAACAAGUUUGCCAAGUUCCUGCUGAGCUGCCUCAAGUGCUGCUUCUGGUGCCUGGAGAAAUUCCUCAAGUUCCUCAACAGGAACGCCUACAUCAUGAUCGCCGUCUACGGCACCAACUUCUGCACCUCGGCGCGGAACGCGUUCUUCCUGCUGAUGAGGAACAUCAUCAGGGUGGCCGUGUUGGAUAAAGUCACGGAUUUCCUCUUCUUCCUCGGCAAGCUCCUCAUCGUGGGAAGCGUGGGGAUCCUCGCCUUCUUCUUCUUCACGCAGCGGAUAAAGCUGGUGCAGGACACGGCGCCGCCGCUCAAUUACUACUGGGUGCCGAUUCUGUGGAGGACCUGGAGCGCAACGACGGCUCGGCCGAGAAGCCUUACUUCAUGUCGCAGGACCUGAGGAAGCUGCUCAAGAAGAGCAACAAGGGCCAGCCCGAGGCGUAGCCCUGCCUGGCAUUGCCCCUCGGUGGGCACGGACAGCCCUGGCAGCGGGGCGGGUGGGUAAAAUGCACAUUUUUGGUGAAUCGGCCUUAAAUCCCAGCGCUGGGAACGACGACGAGAGGCAGGGCCGCUCGUGGGGUGAAAUCCCCCCCAAUUUCCAGGGGUUCUGGGUGGUUCCAGAGGGAGUUUAAUUGAGUUUGUGAACCUGGAGGAGCAGGAAGGGGGUUCAGGCAGCUCCUCGAGGGGCGUUCUAAAAUAUUUUAAUAUUUAAAAUAUUUUAAUAUUUUAGGGCUCCCCCUAAAAUAUUGAAUUGUGGCCUUGCAUUCCUGCCCGCAGAGCUGGGGUCACCUCCCACCCCUCGCUGCCCUCCGUCGACACCCCAGCGCCCCUAAUUAAUUAAUUAAUCUUUUAGGAAUAAGCUAAUUAUUAUUGCUUUUGUAGCCAGUGCGAGGGGUGAAGGUGGAGGGGGAACGAGGGGGCAGAAUUUGGGGUUUGAGGCUCCUCUGGAGGAGCUGCAGCUUCCACGGAUUCCCCCCCAAAAUGUGCACCUGGUCCCCCCAAAUUUGUGUCAUUUUAGGGCAAAGCCUUCCCAAAGGCUUCACCUGCAUGGGGGGAUUUGGGAUUUGGGACCCCCACCCAGGGCCUGGGGGGGUUUUGGUGUCAUUCCAGGUGAUUUUGGCAAAGCCAGGGGCAGCCAACACCUGCCUCCAGCCAGGAGAGGGGGGAAAAAGGAAAUUUUUUGGUGUGGGAAAGGGGUCAAUUAACUCCAAAAUUUAAUUAACUCAAACCUGAAGUGUAACAGAAUUAACCCUCAGACCCUGCGCAGCCCCAAGCACAGCCACCACCAGCAAUUGGGCUUUUUUUAGGGCUUAUUUGUUCCAAAAAAGGACUUUUAGAAAUGCUCUGAGGCUUUGGGGGACAAUUCCCCCCUCCAGUGCUGCUGAGGGAUCCCUUUGGCUUCCCUUGAUCCCAAUUCCCUGCCACCUUUGGGUUUUGUAUCAUCCAGGGGACGUUUCUAUGGAAUUAUCCAAUCCUUUGGGGGCUUUUGUAUAUUUUGCUUUUCCGGGAUGUUUUCAGUUACGGUUAUUUGGGGCUUUUCCAGGGAAUUUUUGGGGGCACGUUUUCAUUGCUGUGACGCCGCCGGGCAGAGCUUCCCUAUCUGUAGUUUCUCUAUUUUUUCUUUUCAAAAUUCCCCAAAUUUUCCCUUUUUCACCCUCGUUUUUUUUUUUUUAGUGCAGCUGAUCAGUGGACAGAGGAGUGGAAGGGAAAAUUGAAGCCAAAAAAAAAAUAAUGAAGGAAAAUGUAAAACUAGAAAGGUGAAGGGAAAGGCAGAACAAUGAAGGGAAAGGUAAAAACAAAGCUAAAAACGUAACAGUAAAGCUCAACAGAAACGAUCAAAUGAAGCUAAAAAGAGGCAAAUCCUCCCUGUUUGGGAUGAGUGGGAAUAAUUCAGGGAAUUCUCACCAGACCUUGUUCCACUUACAGCCAUCCCAGCACGUGUCCUGCAGCUCCUGAUGCUCAUUCUGGAUUAAUUCCAUUUUUUUUCCCCCCUCCCUGUGCAGGUUUCAGGGUGGGUUUGGUUUUGUUUCUGCCCAGAAUGUUCGUGUUGGGGGCGAAUUCCCUCUCACUCCUCGAUUUUCAACUGUUUUCCUCCCAAAUCCCGACCCUUUGGGUGUGGGAAGCAGCUGAGGAGUGGCAGGAACUGGGUUUGUUUGCUCAAAAAGGCAAAAAAACCAGCAGGAAUUUGGAAGGCUGGAAGGAAAAGUGGUGAAAGAGAGAAGAAAUUUGGGAAAAAUGCGUUUGUGGGGAAGCCGGGCUGGCUCGGCUGCCUCCCAGCAGCACAGGAUUUGAGGAGAAUUAAGGAUUUUUAUUCCCAAUAAACCCAAGUGGCUUUUUAGAGGUGAUGGGGAGCAGCGAGGGAGAUAUUCCUGUAAAUUAGGAAAUUCACAGGAAUAUUUCUGAGGUUGUUUUGGAAAACUCAGAGUGAGGGCAGCUGUCUGGGGGAAUUUGGUGUCCAGAAAAGCUUCACUCCAAGGCUGGGUUCCUGCUUCCAGGCAAAGCUCCGUGCUCAAGGCAUUAAAUGAUGGCAUUUAAGAAUAAUGGCGCUUUUUUUCCCCCCCCCCGGUCUAGAAAUGUGGCUUCUGUCCCUACAAACCUGAUUGUUCUGCGGGCAAAGAAAACGAGCCUAAAAUCCUAAACAAUGCUAAACCUGCAGGGCUGAUGUUUUACAGGGAAAUGCUCCUUUUUCACGUGUUUUUGAGGCGUUAAGGGUGCUGUGACACUCCGGAGUCUCUGCGCGGUUCCGUCAGCGUCGCGACCGACAAUAAAAAAGUGCCUGUUUGGA